AUGUUGAAGGUGAAGGUUGUUAUCCUUGGUCAAGACCCGUACCACCGCCCUGGCCAGGCCCAUGGUCUAUGCUUCAGUGUGAAGAAGCCUGGUCUACCUCCUCCCAGUCUAGAGAAUAUCUAUGCAGAGCUGACUGCUGAUAUAAAGGACUUCAAGCAUCCUGGACAUGGUGACCUGACCGGAUGGGCUACACAAGGCGUUUUGCUCCUAAAUGCCGUGCUGACGGUGCGGGCCCAUGCGCCCAGCUCCCACACUGAGCAGGGCUGGGAGACCUUCACCGACGCAGUGGUGCACUGGCUCAGCAGGAGUCUCAGAAGCCUGGUGUUCCUGCUGUGGGGCUCUUACGCCCAGAGGAAAGGCUCCAUCAUAGACAGGAGAUACCAUCAUGUCCUCCAGACGUCACACCCAUCACCGUACUCAGCUGACCGUGGCUUCUUUGGAUGCAGACACUUCUCCAAGACAAAUGAACUGCUCAGAGGGUCAGGGACGACCCCCGUGGACUGGACCGCUCUCUGAGACUCUGCUCAAUUUAGGAGUGCCACUAUUUCAUAACACUUUUAUAUAUCAGCUGGCUUUUUAAAUACAUUAGUAUAGCAAAAAUGUAAGUAAGUUUGUUUGACAAUAUCAUUUAAGCUACAGCCUCAAA